AUGAACCAGACCCAUUCCAUAAUAAUACUUGAUCACCAACAACAUAAACCCUUUCGAUACAUUGACUGGCCUCCCAUCGAUCCUCUCCUCUCGCUGUCUGAUCAAGCAAUCGCCGGCCACCAGAAAACAUUGCCACCCAUUAUCCUCAGGCACAGCUCCCAGGGUAGCCUGGCAAAUGUUGCAUUAUCUCAACCUAUUAACUCAGUGGCGGAGGCAGUUGUUGUUUCAUCGGCACCGGCAGGCGCUAAGAAUGAAGGUGUAAUUACUAGUAACGGAGGAGGGGGAGGAUCUCACUAUAAGAAGAACCGAAUUCAAGUUUCUAAUACUAAGAAGCCACUGUUUUUCUAUGUUAAUCUUGCUAAGAGGUACAUGCGACAACACAGCGAGGUUGAACUUUCUGCUUUGGGUAUGGCCAUUGCUACUGUUGUCACAAUUUCUGAAAUUCUGAAGAACCAUGGUCUCGCUAUUGAGAAAAAGUUGGUGACAUCCACUGUUGACAUGAAGGAUGAGAAUAAGGGUAGAUUGGUGCAGAAAGCUAAGAUUGAAAUUUUGCUGGGGAAGACUGAGAAUUUUGAUAAUCUGAUGGCAAAAGCUGUCAGCCACAACUUAGAGAUGCUUUGUUCUUCUAUAACUAAUAUCAAGAGGACAUAUGAAAUAUCUAGACCGAGUUGUACUGUUGUGUUGUUGCUGACAUGAUUUAUUAGAAGUUGUUAGAAGUUAAAGGGUAGACAGGAAAUCAACUAUCUUAUUGUGGAGAACAGUCUAUGUAGACAUUUGCAUCUCCUUCCAUUUUCUUUCUUCGUUGUUGUCGAAUCACCUAUGUAGAAUUUAACUAUAAUUUUAUUUUUUUAUUUUACUA